AUGCAGGAACUUCAAUGUAGGAAGAUGCACCAGGCAGCGUUGUCGCUUCCUGCACGUGUGCUCGUUUUGCAGCGGUGCACACACGCUCGAAUUGUAUGCCCAAUGUCUCAAGUUCAGAAUAAAAAUCUUAAAAAUUACCUCUCGACUCCUGUGAAUGUUUCUUGUUUGUCUUUCGAGUUGUCUUCGCACCCCGACAUUCAGUUGACCGACUAUAUUCUGACCGGUAUCUCGAACGGCUGCGACCUUGGUGUUAUCAGUCUACCAUCACGCAGCUUAAUAUGCCCCAACCUCCAGUCUGCGCUCACCGAACCAGAGUCAGUCGAUCUCCUCAUAAAAAAGGAGAUCAACGCUAAAUUCAUUAUCGGCCCCUUCGACGCUCCCCCAUUUACCGCAUUUCGCAUCAGCCCCAUUGGCGUAGCGGCACGUAAAUUCUCUGGAAAAAGCGCCUCAUAUUCGAUCUCUCGUCACCGCACGGCUCUGCCUUUCCAAGCAUCAACAGCCUCAUUCCGAUCGAGGAAUUUUCCCUGCACUGAUCAUAACAUUGAUCAAGCCAUCACUUUAAUAAAACAUGCCGGUCGUGGCGCUUGGCUAGCCAAAGUCGACAUCACAUCCGCGUUUAAAGUCAUGCCCAUCCACCCAGACUUCUGGCACCUUUUCGGCAUCCGAUGGCGCAAUAAAUUUUACUUUUCUGUCCGUCUCACUUUAGGCUGCAGAAGCAGCCCAAACAUUUUUGACAUGUUGUCAGAGGCAAUUUGCUGGAUUCUCUCUAACAAUUAUGCAAUUCCCUACCUCAUCCACCUACUAGACGAUUUUUUAAUGAUCUUGUCUCCCGACUCGUUUCCGGCUGCGCAUCUAGCAAAAGUCCAGCAGGUUUUCGAAAAUCUCGGCGUUCCCCUCGCCCCAGACAAAACUUCAGGACCGAGCACGUCCAUCGAAUUUCUCGGAAUUAAAUUAGACUCGCUUAAAUUCCAGGCUUCUCUGGCAAAAGAGAAAAUCGACAGAACGAUCGUGAUCGCUUCCGCCCUAUUAGCUAAUCCCCGCUGCUCCAAACGCAAGCUCGUGUCUGUUCUCGGCCAUCUGAAUUUCGUGAUGAGAAUAAUCCCUUAA